CAUGGGGGAGCCGCCGGCCGCGCUGCCGCCGCGGGAGCCGCCGGAGCCCGGCAGUGCCUAGCGCGGGCUGCGGGCUUUCUGCAAGUCAUCGGGGCCGGCCCCCGCUGCCCUCCCGCUCCCCCAGCCCGGCGCGUCCGCUCGGGAAUUAUUUCAUUUAUUUGUUUGUUUGUUUAUUUAUUUAUUGAUUUUCUUCCGCCGUGCUGUAUGUACUGGUUUCCUCGUCACCCGCCACGGUUAACUUCCCUGUGACUCGGUUUAACACUUGAGACCUCCGUGGAUGCUGCUAAGAGCACUUCUCUUGCCUUUGCUGUCCCUUGCUGGGAUCGGAUUCACACUACCCGGACCCUGUGUGGCUGUAUGUGUGUUCUGAGUGUCUUGACAUUUUGGUUUUCUUUACAAGAGCUAUGCAUUAAUUGUUACCAAGACCUGUGAAUGACCAUAGGCUUGGCUUGACCUUGAUUUUGAUGGCUUUGUUGGAAGAUCUGAUGAUGUGAUUGCAUGUCAUGAGGUGAUUGCUCUCGAGCCUCCAGCCUCCGUGGCUCUGUGCAUAAACCACUUCUGCCACACUGUCACUCAUGGACAAUUCAGAUUUUUCUUUUAAACAGUUCUAUUGGCUAUUUUUAUUUUCUCAAUUUUCAUUUCCCCCUUGUUUCUUCUUAAUAUUGGGAGCUUUAUUCUACCCUCCGAUGUGAUUGACAGUCCUGCUUCUCCGUGCUGCUGAUUUCCAGUUUAAACUACAAUGGCUCUAAGCGGCAACUGCAGGACUUACCUUCCUGCCCGGGAGCAGGGGCCGGGGCUGCCCUCCUUCCCCGAGGUGGUGGAGCUCAACGUGGGCGGCCAGGUUUACUUCACUCGCCACUCCACCUUGGUUGGCACCCCUCACUCCCUGCUCUGGAAAAUGUUCACCCCAAAGAGAGACACGGCCAACGAUCUGGCCAAGGACUCCAAGGGAAGAUUCUUCAUCGACAGAGAUGGUUUCCUGUUCCGCUAUAUUCUGGACUAUCUCAGGGACAAGCAAGUGGUUCUGCCCGACCACUUCCCAGAGAAGGGAAGGCUCAGGAGGGAGGCUGAGUACUUCCAGCUCCCGGACCUGGUCAAGCUCCUGACUCCCGACGACAGCAAGCAAAGCCCUGAUGAUUAUUGCCACAGUGACUACGAAGAGGUGUCCCAGGGCAGUGACACCAGAAUCUGCCCCCCCUCACUGCUGCCGCCCGACCGCAAGUGGGGAUUCAUCACCAUCGGCUACCGUGGCUCGUGCACCAUUGGCAGGGAGAGCCAAGCAGAUGCCAAAUUCAGGAGGGUCCCGAGGAUUUUGGUUUGUGGAAGGAUUUCUUUGGUCAAAGAGGUUUUUGGAGAAAGUUUGAAUGAAAGCAGAGACCCGGACAGGGCUCCAGAAAGGUACACCUCCAGGUUUUAUCUCAAGUUCAAGCACCUGGAGAGGGCUUUUGACAUGUUGUCCGAGUGUGGAUUCCACAUGGUGGCCUGUAACUCCUCGGUGACGGCUUCCUUCGUCAACCAGUACACAGACGACAAGGUCUGGUCCAGCUACACCGAAUAUGUCUUCUACCGCGAGCCCUCGCGCUGGUCCUCGUCGCACUGCGACUGCUGCUGCAAGAAUGGCAAGGGCGACAAGGAGGGCGAGAGCGGCACGUCCUGCAACGAGCUGUCCACGUCCAGCUGCGACAGCCAGUCCGAGGCCAGCUCCCCGCAGGAGACCGUCAUCUGCGGGCCCGUGACGCGCCAGCCCAACAUCCAGACUCUGGACAGGGCCAAGAAGGGCCCGGUGCAGCUGCUGCAGCAGGCCGAGAGCCGCAGGAAGAGCGACCUGCUCCGGACUCUCACCUCCGGCUCCCGCGAGUCCAACGCCAGCAAGAAGAAGGCCGUGAAGGAGAAGCUCUCCAUCGAGGAGGAGCUGGAGAAAUGCAUCCAGGAUUUCCUCAAGAUCAAAAUCCCAGACAGGUUUCCCGAGAGGAAGCACCCCUGGCAAUCGGAACUGCUGCGCAAGUACCACCUGUAGGAUCGGGGUGGGCAGAGGCACGGCCCCGUACCGAGAGCCAGAGCCAAGGGACACAACGGGAACUCCCAGUAAUAACUGUGCGUUAGGUCGCCAAAACCAAACCCAUCUCUAGUACUGCCUAACUUGCCUAUUUCACCUUAACAUUUCUAGUGGUAGGGCAGCGAUCUCUCUGCAGUCCCGGAAGCACAAUGACAAACGCUUUUGUUUGUAAACUCCGAGUCUUACACAAGCUGAAAACCUUAAUGGCACAGCCAGGGCACGCUGGUGUGGCCCCAGCAGGCAGGGCAGGGUGGGCAGGGCUCGGUGCCCUCUGCAGCCUGCUCAGACCCCGUGUGCCUGCAGGGAGGAGCACAGCACAGAGCCCAGCCCUGCCCCGCAGUUUAAGCAUGUGUAUUUAUAUAUGUGCAUAUAUAUAUGUGUGUAUAUAUAUCUCUGUGUAUAUAUAUAUGUAUAUAUAUAGCAAUAUAUAUUGCUUAAAGAUUUUCUGGCUCUCUCCUUAUAACUGCACUUUCUCAGAAAAGAGCAUUUUUUUAGUCUGUGGAUGUCCCGUUUCUCCUCCAGGCCUCUGAGGGCUGAACAGUACGAAUCCAUCUCCCUGUCUCUCUCCUCUCCCCCUGCCUGUCCUUCCCCUCCCUGGGGCACUGUGAAUGUGUCCCUGGGGAGAGCAGGGUGCAGUCUCUGGGUUUGUGUCACCAUCAGUGAAAUACUGUGUUUGUUUGGGAGGCCGUGUCCCUCCCUGUUCCCCAGGGCUCUCGGCUGUUACAGGUGUGGAAAGCUGCAGGGACGGCUCUGGGCUGUGUGGGG